AGCUUGACCAUUUUGUCAACAAUGAUGACUACUACAUAACAUAAUCUAUGAACAAUAGGGAACACAAAUUAUAUUCAUAUAUUCAUAGAAUACCCUUUUUCAAUUUCUCUUUUAUUUUUAUUCAUUCAUGGAACACAAAUCAUCAUCAUCGGGAAAACCAAAAGCUGCUGAAUUGGAUGCACCCCUUCAUACAAUUGGAUUUGAAUUUGAAGAUUUGUCAGCACAAAAAGUUUCUGGCAAUCUUCAUCUUACCCAAAAGUGUUGCCAGCCAUUUAAGGUGCUUCAUGGAGGUGUAUCAGCAAUGAUAUCAGAAUCUCUAGCAAGUAUUGGAGCACAUAUUGCUUGUGGAUAUAAAAGAGUUGCUGGAAUUCAACUUAGCAUCAAUCAUUUGAAAGCAGCAGUCAUUGGUGACUUUAUCCAUGCUGAAGCUACCCCUUUAAUUGUUGGUAAAUCCAUUCAGGUGUGGGAUGUAAGACUCUGGAAGAUUGAUCCUUCAAACUCACAAAACAGAACGUUGAUAGCAACUUCUAGAGUAACUCUUAAAAGCAACAUGCCUGUUCCAGAUAACGCAAAAGAUGCUGGCGAUAAGCUAAAGAAGCACGCAAAACUGUAAAUGUUCAUAUAAUCAGAUUUUAAGUGAAAUUCAAUACUGCUUGAAUGGAAUUACAAAUAAUCAAAGGAGCCAUAUCUAUUUACAGAUCAUGAUUCAAGAUGUACAUUAUAAUAAUAGACUUUGUAGCUUUUUUUGGGGUACUAUGGAGACAAUAAGAUUUAAACCUA